AUGCAAAGAGCCCUCAGAGGCGGAGGCAGGCGGCCCGGUUCAGCUCCCGCUCCCCUGCCCGCGUCCCCGCCUGCGCCGGGCCACCUCCUCCCCCUCUCCGGGAGACAGCUGCUGGCGGGCAGCGGCUGGCAGAGGAGGUGGGCGAGGUCCGGGUACGAAGCGAACCCCGGGAGGUUUCAACUCACCGCAGGGAGGUUUUAUGGCGAUGCAGCGCGAGAUAAAGGUUUACAAACUAGUGAAAACGCUAAAUUUUGUGCCAUCUCCUCACGAUUUAAACCAUUUAGUAACAAAGGGAAGCUGAUCACUCGGCAUACUGUGAAAGGUGAGCAGAAGAUAGAUUGUGGGGGGGAUAUGUUAAGUUUUUUUUCCUCAGACUUGGACCAGAAGAACCUAAGUGGGGAUUCACAUUAUUACAUCAUGUUUGGACCAGAUAUAUGUGGAUCUGAGACAAAGAAAGUCCAUUUAAGUCACAAGAAUAAACCCUAUCCAAUCAAGAAAGCGAUCAGAUGCAAGGUUGACAGAUAUACACACCUAUAUACUUUGAUUCUAAGGCCAGAUCAGACUUACAAAGUAAACAUUGAUAAUGAGAUGGUUGCAUCUGGCAAAUUAGAAGAUGACUUAGAAUUUUUGCCACUGAGAAAAAUUAAUGAUCCAACAGUGAGGAAACCCAUUGACUGGGAUGAUCAAAUGCAAAUUGAUGAUCCAAAUGACAUCAAACCAGAGGGUUGGGAUGAACCUGAAUAUGUUAUGGACACAAGUGCUGGGAAAUCUGAAGACUGGGAUGAUGCUGUGAAUGGAGAAUGGCAUUAUCCUAUGGUCAAGAAUCCUCUAUACAGAGUAUAAAUAAUCUCAUAUCCUAGUUAUGGGGAAUGGAAACCAAGGCAGAUUGAUAACCCAAAUUAUAGAGGAGUUUGGCCUCAUCCACAGACUGACAAUCCAAAUUACUCACCAGACUUCAGUAUCUACAGCUAUGAAAACAUUAGCAUCAUUGGACUAGGUAUCUAGCAGGUGAGAGCUGGCACAGUUUUUGACAACUUCUAUGAUGAUGAGAUUUAUGCAGAAGACUUUGGCAAUGAAAUAUGGGGCAGAACAGAGCAUCCUGGAAAGGAAAUGAACAUAAAGCAGAUUGAGGAAGAGCAGGAGAGAGAAAGGGGUACAGAAGAAAAAUACUUUGAGCAACGGUUUAAGGAAAAGCUAGAGAGAAAAAAAGAAUGUGGAAACUCGUUGAAAUCUGCACCAAUGGAGUUGUAUUAA